UGUAGUUCCUCAGGCAGAGGCUUGACUGCGUUUUAUGAACGCGAUUUUAGGAAGGAGUGGGCCUCCAGGUGCCACAGCAACCACUCUCCAGCUAAGCAAAGCAUGCGGCCGAGAAACGGACUGAUCAUAGUCGAUGGGAGCUGCCGUCCCUCCGCGCACAGCUGGUGGGCGCGGGGCAUGCUGGAAGGUACACAUGGCAUUCAGAGAUGUGGCUGUGGAUUUCUCCCAGGAGGAGUGGAGCCUGCUGAGCCCUGCUCAGCGGUCCCUGUACAGAGAGGUGAUGUUGGAGAACUACAGCAACCUGGUCUCUCUGGGAAUUCCAUUUUCAAAACCAAAGCUCAUCACCCAGCUAGAGCAAGGGAAAGAGACAUGGCGAGAGGAGAGAAAAUGUCCACAGGUUGCUUGUCCAGCACAGGCAAAGCUGGAACUCUGCCCUGGUCAUGUGUGCCCUCCAGAUCUUACCAAUCAGAAAUCCCCUGUGCAGCACGUGCUAAGUCAUCAUGCCCCAUUGAUAUUUACAUGCCUGUGUGCGGAAAGUCAUGUUGACCGAGGGGACUCCUGUCAGGGGGCCCUGGAAAAGCAGCAUCAAGCCUCUGAUAAGAAUUCCUGCAGAGAUAAAUCAGAAGGUGGAGAGAGAGAAAGCGCAAGGCCUUCAUCUGGAAGGACAAAGAAAGGGAGUUUGGGAGCCCUCUCUAGGCCACCCCAAGGGCAGCCAGUCAACUCUCCCAAUGGCAUCAGAUGGGUAGAGAUGGAGACCAGCCCAGCUCAAGCCAGGAGCACUGAGGAACCAGAGAAGUUGCUGAAAGGAAUAGAAAUCUUGGAAUUUGGAACGGUUAACUGUGAAGAGUGUGGGCUGGGCUUCAGCAAGAUGACAAACCUGCUUAGUCACCAGAGGAUCCACUCAGGAGAGAAGCCGUAUGUGUGUGGGGUGUGUGAGAAGGGCUUCAGUCUAAAGAAGAGCUUAGCCAGACACCAGAAGGCACACUCUGGGGAAAAACCCAUUGUGUGCAAGGAGUGUUGGCGAGGUUUUAGCCGGAAGUCAACACUCAUCAUUCAUGAGAGGACACACUCGGGUGAGAAGCCUUACAUGUGUAGUGAGUGUGGACGAGGCUUUAGCCAGAAGUCAAACCUCAUCAUCCAUCAAAGAACACAUUCAGGGGAGAAGCCUUAUGUGUGCAGGGAGUGUGGUAAAGGCUUUAGCCAGAAAUCAGCUGUUGUUAGACACGAGAGUACACACCUAGAGGAGAAGACUUUUUUGUGCAGUGACUGUGGCCUUGGCUUCAGUGACAGGUCCAACUUCAUCUCCCACCAACGGACACACUCUGGGGAAAAGCCGUAUGCUUGCAAGGAAUGUGGGCAGUGCUUCAGGCAGAGGACAACCCUUGUCAACCACCAGAGGACUCACUCAAAGGAGAAGCCUUAUGUGUGUGGUAUAUGUGGGCACAGCUUUAGCCAGAAUUCAACUCUCAUCUCUCACAGGAGGAUGCACACUGGGGAGAAACCAUAUGUGUGUGGGGUAUGCGGACGAGGCUUUAGUUUAAAAUCCCACCUCAACAGACACCAGAACAUUCACUCAGGGGAGAAACCUAUUGUAUGCAAGGAUUGUGGUCGAGGCUUCAGCCAGCAGUCGAAUCUCAUCAGACACCAGAGGACACACUCUGGAGAGAAGCCCAUAGUGUGUGAGGAAUGUGGUCGAGGCUUCAGCCAGAAGUCAAACCUUAUCGCACACCAGAGGACACACUCAGGAGAAAAGCCACGUGUGUGCUGAGACUGUCACCAGGCUGGGCUCAUCAGACACAAGAGGAAGCAUUCAAGGGAGAGACCAUAUGCGUGCAGGCAGCGUGGACUAAGCUUUAAUAAUUGCUCAGCUUUAAUCGCACAUAAGCAGGUACAUUUUGAAGAGAAGCUUAGUGUGUGCAGAGAGUGUGGCCAAGUCUUUAUCCAGAAGUCACGCCUCACCUUACAUCAGAUGACACACAAGGGGGAGAAGACUUAUACAUGCAAGACCUGUGGACAAGGCUUUAGGCAGACACAGGAAGAUGAAAUGUGCCCACCGCAAACUGCCCUUCCAGCCUGACUCUGAAGCCUAUUUGGGGUGAUCUUCUGACCCCUUGUGUUCUCUCUGAAAACGGAAAUGGUGGAAAGCAUUCACUGGCAGAAUUCUUAAACUUCUACGAAGUAGAAAAAUGCACUCUGUAAGACCAAAGGACAGUAACUACUUCCUUUCCAGUCUCAUGUAUGGCCUUUUGUCUAGUAAACUUUGCUUCUUUACAAAUUUGCAA